CUCACCAGCGCAAAAUUUACUCGCCCCUAUACGAGUGAUGUGCGCCCGAGGCGCGGCUGAUUAGCGUUGGCUGCCUAGAGGAUCGCCGCCGACACCCAGUUCAUCAUUCCACGACGCCAGCCGCAGAGCCUUACCCUGACCUCGUCUCCAUUUCACCCAUGACUACGUCCUGUCAUGCGACUCCCAUAUAUCGACCGUUGUUUUAUUCCUCUGUGUCUCGCCAAGCCACCAAUGUUUGAUUGCAUGUCGCCUGGAUAACCGCCAUUGGAGUUCCCUAGUGUCAAUCUAUCCAUCCGUAACACGCCGACAUGACUGGUAACGCACUGGACAAGAUGGACGAGUUCUUCGACUUUGCUGCGCUCGAGCAUGAUUCUGAGCUGCGCGCCAUCAAAGCUUCCCACCAAGAGCAGACUGUGGCCUUUCAACCUACCAACAAUGUCACCGCUACGGACUGGGCUACGGAUCCAACAGCCUCGAGCCGUUCCGUCGAUGGUACGCUGUACUGGGAUGAACCUAUGUACGAUGCUCCCCAAGUACCUGCUGUGGACCCCACAUUAGACACGCCCGCUGGAGACCCAUUACCUAUAGAAGGCCUAGAUGCUGUAGCCACGCCCUCAUUAUCGAGUGACGCCCCACAUCACGAUAUCCCCUGUGCAGGUAAUAAUAGCAUACUUGACGCAGGGGGGUUUGAAUCUUCUCCGUCUUUGGACGAACAAUCGGCAGCCCAGGCCAACACUUCUCCUGAACUGGCAACCUUGCCUACCGUCUCUACCGCGCCAACCCAGCAAACCCCUGGCGGCAGCUGGAAGCCUGCUUCAGCGAAACGCAAAGGUCCCCAAGGCCGCAUCCCUGUCGAGGCCAAGCAGAUCCUAGAAGAGGAGUUUGCUGCCAAUGCCUAUCCUUGCUCAUGGGAAAUGGACAUUAUUGCCCACCAAGCCAAUCUUGACGUUAAGAAAGUCCGCAAUUGGUUUAACAAUACUCGAUCAAGAAAGAAAUAUCAAGAUGCACCAACCUCCAUGCGAGAUGGCCCGGCAUCUGGAAAGCAUGCGUUGAACGCACGACUUUCAAAAGAUAGCCUGGAAAGCUUGGAUAUGCAAGUAGAGAGCGUACAGCCACCACAACCGCCACUGGCUCUAUACCUUGCUCAGUCUUACCAAGAGGAGGGUCUGGCUUUAUCUACAGUGCAAGCCGCAAUUGAUGAGCACUCGGUCAGUGGGAGCUGCCAGGACGAUGAAAUGUCGACAUCGAGGCAAGGCCGAAGAGGCUCCGUCAUCACAUCCGUUGCUUCAUCAGAAGGCACUGCACCAACCAUCUAUACAGUGUCGUCUAGCGGAAGUCGUAGUAACAUUUCGUCGUUUGGUCGAGACCGGAGGCGUGGCAGACGCCGCAUGGCAUGGAAGGAGUCGCCUCGCCAGGCUAUAAACGGCGUCAACAGCGCAGGCGAGCCACAGAAGGAUCUGCCCUUCUUCUGCACUUUCUGUCCCCGAGCAUUCAAAACAAAGUACGAGUGGAUCCGCCACGAAGACUCGGUACACGCGCUGCGAACUACCUGGAUAUGUUGCGACACAAAAUCAAACGCAGUUCUCCAAGCAUGUCCGUUUUGUGGGCAGGCUCAGCCCGACGAUGCACAUCUGGCCGGACACAGAUACCAGCAGUGUCGAAGCAAGCCUGAAUCCCAACGAACUUUUUAUCGCCGCGACCACUUCAUUCAGCAUCUGCAUCAUGUACACUUUGGCAACAGCAAACAUCCAUCGGUGCGGGUUGGAUGCCAGGCGCGAUUACUGGCUGCUGAAGGGCACAACUUUGGCUGCAAGGAUCUCACCAUGAAGUGGCGUCGCUUUGGUGCACCUAUGAAGCGUGACGAUCCUAUGCUCCACUGUGGCUUCUGCGGUAAGAAGUCAACCGAUUGGUCUGAGAGAUGUGAGCACGUUGCCGAGCAUCUCAUCUCGCGUGAACUCAAUCGUGCUGUUUGGUGGACCGAACGCAAAGAGAACCACCUGGAGAAUCUUUACACUGCGUCGCCCUACGAAUCCUUCCGUUGCCGGUACUGCCACAAGGUGUUUACCGAUGUCAAAGAAAUGAUUGAGCACUCGCAUUGCCGCGUCUGGAGCUGCCGGUUCCUGCGCAGCUUCGACGACGUCGCUGCCGACAUUGCCGGGCCUGCUUUAAGCGCAGAAUACACUUCUUCAAAGCCACACCACUGCCACUUGUGCGGCGCGGGAUACCGCACAUUCCACGUAGAACACGCACAGGACCAGCAUCGGUACCGCUCAUGUAACCAGGAAUUCUACACCUCGGAAGACGCCUUUCUCCAGCACCUGCACAACUUCCACGGCGCGUCUCAGCCCGCGCUGCUCCGUGGAAACGGCGUCAUCGAGCAGAGCUUCAUGCGCAACAAGGGCGGUUCCUUCGAGCCCGUCGAGUUCAACGAGAGCCGCCAGCCCUGCGUCAUGGACCUCGACGUCGCAUCCGUAAACCCCUUUGUAGCUCCCGACACCGCUCGCCCUGCCCUCGCCGUCCCCCCCAAAAAACCACACACGAAAUCGCUUUCGGUACCUAAAAAACCCCGCGACACAGCUCACCCGUAUGGCCCCGCACCCCAGAAAACAACACAUCGACAGCGCUCCGACACCGCUGCGUCAAAAGCUGAAAGCAGCACUCCGCGCUUCUUCCGCCUUGAUACGCUUCUGCCCUUUAGAGCCUCUCGUGUUUUCUACUCGCGCCACGCCAGAGUCGCGGGUCUACCCAGAGACUCGCACGCUGUGCUCGAGGAAAUGCAAAAGCCGCAUGUUGCUACGCUGGCCAUGAGCGCAGGCCUCGUCGGCAUGGCGGCUGUGCGGUGGACCAUCCGUCCAGAGAGAGAUGUAGCAAGUGGAUUGGUGGAACUGAGUCUUGAUGCCGAGCUGGAUUCCGAGUGAUGCGCUGGUAGGUGUAGUGGUAAUGGUAAUGUGAGGGUAUCAAUAUAUAUAGUAUAGUAUUGAAGGUCUGGUAUAUCGCUACACCGCGUGUGUCAUAUCCCUGCUGUGGGGAUUCUUGAUGCAACGGCACUUGUUGGAUUUCACGGGGUAGGACAGGGUAAUGGUUCCAUAUGCUGGGUUAUGUAGGAAAACUAGAUGCUGCUGCUGCUGCUUCUUUGGCGGCUGGUCUGCCAAAG